GUGUUCAGACUUGUUCUCCUUCUCUCCCUGCACACGGCUUUCACCUGACCUUUUCGGCUGCGCACGUCUGUCACUGCCUCUGUGCUGCACGAGGCGUGCUCCCUACUCACACGCGUGUGCGGUUUCAGCGGCACACAUCCUCACUGAUUCUACAACAGAAGUUUCUAUCUCAGGGAAAAUACGACACACGGUUAACCGUGACACUGUGCCCCCUGCUGCUUUAUCACCGCGUCACAGCUCUAUCCAAAAGUGCUGUAAACGUAUAAAAGGUUCCUUGUUGUGUUUGUGUCCCUGCAGUCCUCCCCCAGCAUUGGAUGACUGAAGAGGAAGUUCUCUGCAACCAGCAGAGGAACUUCAGAGUGGAUCAGGAGAAACCAGAACCUCCACAGAUUAAAGAGGAACUGGAGGAACCAGAACCUCUGCAGAUUCAAGAGGAACAGAAUGAACCAGAACCUCCACAGAUGAAAGAGGAACAAGAGGAACCAGAACCUCCACAGAUUAAAGAGGAAAAGGAGGAACCAGGACCUCCACAAACUGAAGAAGAACUGGAGGAACCAGAACCUCCACAAACUGAAGACGAACAAGAGGAACCAGAACCUCCACAGAUUAAAGAGGAACAGGAGGAACCAGAACCUCCACAGAUGAAAGAGGAACAAGAGGAAUCAGAACCUCCACAUAUUAAAGAUGAAAAGGAGGAACCAGAACCUCCACAAACUGAAGAUGAACAGGAAGAACCAGAACCUCCACAGAUUAAAGAGGAACCAGGGGAACUCUACAUCAAUCAGGAUGAAGAUCAGCUGGAUCUGAAGCAGGAGACUGAUACCUUGAUGGAGAUUCCUACUUAUGAGGAAGAUGAGAACAGUGAAGCAGAUCUAAACAAUCAGCAGAGCUUUAAUGUAACUGAUAGUCAGGAUGAAGAAGGAAACCAACAUGAAGAACCAACAUCAACUACAGAUGAAGAGACAGACCCACAGAACGGAUAUCAGAGGAAGAGGAGGGACAGAAGUCAUGUCCAAAAUGUGGACAGCUCUCACGUGUCAGCAGGGGUCACCACAGCGAAACAUCACUCCCUUGAGGAUGAGUAGCAUGGUUAACUUGGCAAAUGUUUUCAUGUUGGAUGCCCUUCCUGACGCAAUCCUCUCAAUCCAACCGGGCUUGGGACUGGCACAGCAGCAGAGAAGGGAAUAGGGAGCAGCCAGGAAUUGAACCCUGGUUUCACGGAUGGAAGGCGCCGCAAACCAGCACGACGUUAAACCGGCCCCACAAAGUAGACACAAACAUAAUGGAGAAAUCAAUUGAAUCAGCAGUUUUGUUCAGUUUCUAUUGAAAAGGCUGCAUAAAUAUGACAGACAGCUUUCAGGUUCAGAUGCAGUUCUGAAAAACAGCAGAAACAUGAUCUGAUGGAGGCUCUCAUUUAUCCUCAUUAUUCUUCCAAACAGCCCAAUCAAGUUGGCCCAAAGGCACAUUGGCAGAGCAACAUGUUGUCUAUGAAGAACCUACUCAGCUGUGCUACAAA